AAAGAAAAACUAUUUCUUUCAAAAUUCAUGUUUAUAAAACAUAAGUGGCAGGUAGCCUUAUCGAACAUGGCGUUGAUGCAAACACAAGCUGUCGUCGUCUCAUCGAUAGCUGUCAUUCCGCCUAUAAUCCUCGGAGAAAAACCGUUUAUGAUUCGUGAUUCGUUCUGCCUUUUAUUAUCCUCUGUCGCUACCGCUUCACUUGCAUCGUUGAUGUUGGGACUACUUAUGAUUGCGGUGGUUAUUGUGGCGAAGAAAUGGAAGGUGAAUCCGGACAAUAUUGCCACUCCUGUGGCAUCUUCUCUUGGUGAUGUCACUACGCUUUUGAUCCUGCUUGGAGUUGGCACUUCAUUACUGAGAAUCUCAGAACGACACCAUUGGAUUCCGAUCGUUUUUCUAGUUUUCUUCUACACUGUUGCUAUUAUUAGCGCCUAUAGAGCAGCUGAAGAUCAGUUUACGAUAGAGGUACUCAAGCAUGGUUGGUGGGCAGUACUGGCUGCGAUGACAAUCACAACAAUCAGUGGCUUUGUACUGAAGACGUCAAUGCGUAAAUAUCCACCGAUUGCGGCUUUUCAACCGCUGAUUAACGGUGUUGGUGGCAAUUUGGUCGCUGUACAGGCGAGUCGCAUAAGUACCGGCCUGCAUCGAGACCGAAAAAAUAAAGCGAGAGAUCGGGAAAAUUUAUGGAUUUAUAUGAGCCCGUGGCAUGCUUUUAUUACCACCCAUGCAGAUUCUAUUGCGGCGCGUAUUCUUAUGGCUAUGUCAAUUCCCGGUAAUUUCAUAUUCAUCAGUACGAUUUUCAUGUUCGGUUGUGGAUUUACGAACACCAUUCCAUUCACCUUCACGUACGUGUUGGUAUCCCUUACCCAGGUCAUUAUACUGCUCUAUCUUUGUCAACUACUGGUUCGAGCGAUGUGGAAGUUGCGAAUCGAUCCGGACAGCUCGGCUAUACCAAUAUUGACUGCCACAGGUGACCUUCUUGGAAGCAUAAUGCUCAUUGGCUGCUUCUGGGUAUCUGCUGACUUUUACGGAAUACACUUUGCAAAUGAGCAUUUUGUUGAGAGGCGGCUUCAAAUCCAUUCAUCUGUAUCACCCAUGGUCUCAGUAGUCAACGAGUGA